GCCCCAGGGGCGCCCUCGAUUCAGUGUUUUCAACUUCACCUUUUACUGUAAUAUACAUUCUCCGGCUCUACAGGUGUUGUGGUAGUGCGGCGAUGCCCACGGUUUUUCUCUUGCUUCUCCCGCCCGAUUGCCCGAUUGCCCGAUUUUCACCGGCCGUGGGCACACGCACGAGCGCGGGUUUCCUGUGGUUUCCACGCACGAGCGCGCCGGAUAACUUCGCGAGGUGCGGGAUUGAUAUUGACAUAGCACCGGCGGAGGCGUGUGGUUCGGCGGAGGCGUGCGGGUCUUCCGGUUCAUCUUCUCAGGUCUGUGGCUGGUGUUCGUAUUCUGGCAAACCUGGCGUAGCGGUGCCGAUAGCGAGGGGAGAAAACACGUGUCGCGAUGUCGGCGUCGUCUGUGGUGGCGGCCGCCACCUAUUGGCGCUCAGCAGGGAUGACGUACGUGAAGUACGCCAAUACCUGCGCGGCUAUGGUGAGGAAAUGUCUCAAGGAACCUAUGCGCACGGAGGCUCUCGCGCGAGAGAAGGUUCAUUACCGAAUUGCCACGUGGGAGGAUGGGAGUCAGGGCCAAUCAGAGCUAAAAGAAGAAGAAUUGAAGUAACGGAGGGACGAGAUGUGUUGAUCCAUGGACACAGUGGGCUAGUGUUUGUACAGAGUGCCCGAGAGAUGCGCAUCCGUCGGUCAGGUAAUGGCCAUCCAGCGGCUUAGCGCAGUUAGUUAGGCACCCAAGUGUCAUUCAGGAGGUUGUGGGUUCGUGCACUUAGUGCUGACGAACUGUGUGAUGUUCCGCUUGAUAACCCCCCUAAUCGGUCAGUGGUUAAUGGGGAGUGGUGGUUGGACUGAUCUGGUCGAAAACUGCCACUGGUUAAGUAAGUUUAAUUGAAAUUUGCUCUGGCGAAGACCUCUAGAACAACCUGGAGUUUUUUUUUGGGAGGGGGGGAGGGGGGCUAGCCCUAGGUGAUUUCAGGUUGGCCUAUAUAAUGUGGCUAGUGUUGAUUUUCAAUGGGUUGGCGGGAUGCACAGACUAGUGGGUAUGGUGCUGCCAUGCAUGGGUGGAUAAGCUUUUUUUUUUUUUUUUUUUUUUUUCCCCCAGCACGAACCUGGCUGAUCGUAUGACCAGAUUCAUGCUUACGUGGCUAAGAUGCUGCCAUACAUGACCAGAUUCAUGGUUAAGGUGCUGCCAUACCUGGGUGGAUAGAUAAAUAGAUGGGUGGAUUCAAGGCAAAACGAAGGAUAAGGAGCUUAAGCUUAUCCACAAAUGGAUUAAGACGAGUGGAUAAGGGGGCUGCCAUACAUGGGGUGAAUGGAUGGAUGGAUAAGAUGUUGCCAUGGAUAUCAGUGGUGAAGGGAAUUUUUUUUCAGCACGAACCUGGCUGAUUUUAUCACCGGAUUCGUUCUUACGUUGCAUCGAUAAGGUGCAGCCAUACAUGGGUGGGUAAAGGAGAAACGAAGGAUAUGUAACCCACCUUAUCCACUACCUUAUCCACUGUCUUAUCCACAUAUGGAUAUCAUAUCGGAUGAGAGGUGGGCAGUACUUUUUGUUUUCUUGGCUACUUCAUGAGUCUUCUUCUUCUUCUUGUGUUUCUUCUCUUCUUUUAAAGAUUUGAUGAUGGUUAAAAAAGCCCAGCAGCACACAUCAUUAUGUAAUGGAUUUAAAAAUUGUACC